ACGGGAGAAAGCAGUUUCCGCAACACUAGGAGUGUUCUAGCCACAAAAAUCAGACACGACUUUUUUGGGGGGAUCCAAUUCCUAAGGAAAAGAAAGCCCCUAUUCCUCAUUCUCAUUCUCAUUCUCAUUCUCUCGUUUGGCUGUUCAGAACAUGAGAGAGAGAUGAAGAAGCCUCGCCACGGUUCCUUACAUAUCAAAAUCCAAAGCAACGACAACUCUGACACCAAGGACAAAGGAGACAAAAACAACAAGAGCAGCAACCACUACAACAACAAUAAAGGGAAGAGCUUCUAUGAGCUCUCUCUGUCUUUGAUCUUCUCUCUCUGGUGUCUUGUUGUCUUGUUCUACUCUAAGCUUGGUCUUGGCCAUGGCAAUGGAGGGAAUAUUUCAGGUCCGAGUAACAGAACUACACAUUGUCCUGGUGUUUACAAGGGUAAGCAUGGUGAGCAUGCAUAUUCAUUUGUGGCAAAUGGAGGCGAAAAUAAGACAAAUGGGAUGCUUUUAGAUUAUAAUUCGUCUGAAAGUUGUAAUGGUACUGCUGUUGGUCACAACUUGCCAGUUUCGAAGUACUCACUGCCGGAGACAAAUGGAUUAGAGAAGAUAGUUUGGAGAGUUUUGGGUUAUAGCAGUUUGGUCUGUGAACUCAACCAAGAACAAGAAGAGCAUAACAGAAACUGUCCAGGACAAUGUGUGAAUAGAACUUCUCACUCUACCUAUCUCAAUCUUGAUGAAUUUCGAAACAUAACAAAGCAAGAGAAAGACCGUGUAAUGCCUAGUCAGCUUGUUAACAUUACCCAUGGGCUCGAACCUGAUGGAACGGAGUACAACUAUGCCUCGGAAUCCAAGGGGGCAAAGGUGGUGUCUCACAACAAGGAAGCAAAAGGAGCAAGUAACAUAUUAGGCAAGGAUCACGAUAAAUACCUCAGAAACCCUUGUUCCGUAGAGGGAAAGUUUGUUAUAAUUGAGCUCGCAGAGGAGACUCUGGUAGAUGCUGUCAAAAUUGCAAAUUUUGAGCACUACUCUUCUAAUUUCAAGGAAUUUAAAUUGUCUGGCAGUUUAAGCUAUCCAACAGAAGCAUGGUCACCGCUGGGUAGCUUUGUUGCUGCUAAUAGUAAGCAUGCUCAAACCUUUAAGCUUCCUGAACCCAAAUGGGUGAGAUACCUAAAGUUGGAUUUACUAAGCCACUAUGGAGCAGAGUUUUACUGCACACUUAGUGUUCUAGAGGUGUAUGGUAUUAAUGCAAUCGAAAGAAUGCUUGAAGAUCUCAUUGUGGAGUCUGCAGAAUCUGCAACCAACAAGUUGCCAGAGCCUAAUGCAACUGUAAUAUCUUCUACAAAGGAAGAGGUUGGUCCAACUGACCGGAAAACAAGCAGCGAUAGUCAAAAUGGGAUUGGUGCAGCUGUAGGGAUACAAAACACUGAAGAAGCGCAACGAGCCAAUUCAGAUGCUUCCAAGAAUUCAGUAACUACUAACAAGAUUCCUGAUCCGGUUAUGACAGUUAGGCAGCAGCCAAAUGGAAGAAUUCCUGGUGAUUCUGUUCUGAAGAUUUUGAUGCAGAAGGUGCGGUCACUUGAGCUGAACUUGUCCGUGCUGGAGGAGUUUAUCAAAGAAUUGAACCGAAGACAAGGCGAUGUUUUGCCAGAGCUUGGUAAAGAGAUAUUAAGAAUAUCAUUGCUGUUGGAGCAAAGCAAAAUGGAGAUUAAAGAUCUCAUGCAAUGGAAGGAAACUAUGGAAAAACAAAUGAGUGACCUUGAACUAUGGAAAGCUGCUGUCUCGUCUCAAUUGAAUGCAUUGGUCAGGGAAAAUAACUUGUUGAGAUUAGAUUUUGAAAAGGUUGUAAAUGAUCAAGCCAGUCUUGAAAGCAAAGAGCUUGCUAUUUUAGCAGUUAGUCUUUUCUUUUUGUGCUUCGCGAUCCUCCAGCUAGUUUCAUUUCAAAUUUUGACAUUUUUCAGAACCUCUCAGCCUGACAACGGAUGCAGGAAAAGUAGAGGUUGGGUUUUAGUCAUUGUUAGCAGCAGUAUGACAAUAUUCAUAACUUUGAUAUAUAGCUAGUUUCUCUUCCUUUAGUGCAAAUUGGAGCAGUAGCAUAGGUUUUGUGGAAGCUGUAUGAUUAUAGAUUUUGUAUAGAAGAAUGGUAUUAUCAAAAAGUUCCAUGUGUUCUUUAUUUAUAAUU